GGUAUUUUUCACUGUUUGGGGGAUAUCGAGGUGGAAGAAGAGCGCCAGGCGUUCGUGAGAAAGGACGUGCUCACAAUUUUAUUGGUGAAUAGCACGAAUUUGAUGAAAAAAUUUAUUACUUUUCAAUUUAAAGGCUGUUCGUACAAUGAGACAAUUUUUUUUUUGAGUGAAAUGUGACGCGUAUGAGGAUGAGGAAAAUUGAGUGAAGAAUUUUUUUUCUUGUGAUGUUUUUUUUCACUUCAUUCAAGAUGUACGCAAGAUCAACCCUCAUCCUGGACUCUUUCACCACGAGAGAACAUCAUUUUAACGAGAGAUGUAAAGUAGAUUGUCGUUAAAACGUGUACGUGUGUGUUAAACGUCCCUUAGAGUUUUGAAUAAUUUGUGUUACUUUGAGGGAGAUUUCAUUCGGGAUUAGAUAAAUAUUUUGAUGAUUAGUUUUUUUGAUAAUUGUCUCUAUGUGUUUUAUUAUUUUUUUAUUAUUAUAUGUGUCCGUGCAUUGUCAAUUGUCCUACGCUUCUGUGUCCACAAAUCCACUUCACCUACCCACCACUAGUUUGAUUGUUUGGCCAAGGGGUGCGAAAUUUCAUAUUUUUCAUAUCGGCAUUUUGCAAUGGGGGGCGGGAGUUUUGUCGUCGGGCUGAGAUAUUUUUAGUGCAAUGGAGUUUUUUAACAGCGGCUUGAGACCCUGCCGCCAUCGACGACCACCCGGACGACGUAGAGGCUACAACCGAGAGGCUACUGAGGGGAUUCACCUUACCUUACCCUUUUAUCCAGAGAUACAGCAGAGAGCGCCCGAUGCUCGUUUAACGUCCUAGUCCUGCCGUUGUCCCAUCAACGCAACAUGCAUCACGGUGCACCUGGUGCGACCACAUCAAGAGGAACCGCAUGCCUAGCGAUUCUAUCACUUCACCGUCAGUGUCUGACCCUGCCAUGUCCAAUAACAGGAUUGCACCGCUACUGAAUUCAAUGAUAUCAAACAACACUACAAACACCGCGGGAUGUAGUUGACGUUGCUUAUCAGGGUUCGAGUGCAGUUGCAGGGAUCUAGAGGAGGUGGCGGUGGGGAUUGUUCCAGGAUAAGGCUGAGCAAGUCGAAAGUGUCAGAAGAAAUUGGAGGAAAUUAUUAAAAGAAGCAACAGAUUUGAGCUGAUUGUCGUUAUUCAAGUGCCUCAGAGUAGGCCGAGCGAAUAAACGACAAUCACCAGCAGAUAAAGAGGAUAAAUAUCGUUAAACUCGAAUGAGAAGAAGAUAAUAAAAGUGAUCGAAACGUAAUCAUCAAAAGAAUCAUUGAACAGAUAGAACAGUUGAUAGAGGUGAUUGUUGGGGGGUUUGUUGAUUAACGUCAUUUCAAACGAAAUGAACGUAACUGAGGUGCCACCAAGUCCGGAUAACUGCAACGACAAUAGCACGCAAGUAACUGAAUACGAUGUAUGGCAGCAAGUAUUAAUAAGUGUACUUGCUAUUGGUCUGAGUCUUGUAACAGUUAUCGGUAAUUCAAUGGUUAUGAUUGCUAUUAGAAUUGAUAAACAACUUCAGACAAUAUCAAAUAAUUUUUUAUUCAGUCUUGCUGUUGCUGAUUUUGCCAUUGGUCUUAUAUCAAUGCCACUUUUUACUGUUUACACGGUAUUUGGUUAUUGGCCAUUCGGUUCAAUAGUAUGUGAUACGUGGCUGGCACUCGAUUAUCUGGCUAGUAAUGCAUCUGUACUUAAUCUACUGAUCAUAAGCUUUGACAGAUAUUUUUCGGUCACGAGACCGUUGACGUACAGAGCGAAGAGGACACCGAAGAAAGCCGCAAUCAUGAUAGCUGGUGCCUGGGGAAUAUCAAUCCUCCUCUGGCCCCCCUGGAUCUACGCUUGGCCGUAUAUCGAGGGCGAGAGAACAGUGCCAAAAGACGAGUGUUACAUACAAUUUAUCGAAACAAAUCACUACAUAACAUUUGGCACAGCAAUAGCAGCAUUUUACUUUCCUGUAAGCCUUAUGAUGCUACUUUAUUGGCGAAUAUGGAGGGAGACGGAAAAACGAAUAAAAGACUUGAAGGAGUUGCAGGAGGGUAAACAGGAUGCUAGUAAACGAAGUAAUUCCAGUGAUGAGGCACUGGAUAUGGAGGGAUGUAGAAGAGGGAGAAGUGCAUCAAGCACUGGCCAUGAUGACGUUAAUUCAUCGAAUUUCGCUAGUUCGUAUUUGGAGAGACGAUAUCCUGAUGCUAAGAACAGAACGAUGUCCUGGUCAUCCCUGAAAAUGUGGUGCAUAGCGUGGUGGCACAGUGGCCGUGAGGACGAUGACGAUGAGGACGAUAUUACAGCAACUGAUGUACCGAGUAAAACAAUUUAUCCCGGCGAUGAAACACUCACACCCGUAUCAGCUGAAACACCAUUCAACAGUACCAUUUCACGUCCCUCAUUAACUGUUAUACCAUCGAGUGAGAACAGUCAAGUUCGGAAGAAUAUGUCUGCCGAUCCGGUAUACACUAUUGUGAUAAAGCUUCCACCCUCCUCAGCCCCCAGCAUAACGAUGUACGAGGACCUGAUCUCCCUCCAGGAUCAUCACAAACCCCUGGAGACGCGGAGUGUGAUCGGCACCGAUGACAGGCCACAGCCCCGCCGUAUCGAUUCCGUAUCAACUAUGGACGAUGUUCGUUUACCUCUUACAAUCAGGCCAGUUCAAAAAAGUGUCACCUGCACAAAUGUCAAGCCACCCCCGAAGAAGAAAAAACGCACGCAGGAUAAAAAAGCAGCCAAAAUAUUGUCAGCCAUUUUGGCCGCAUUCGUUAUAACAUGGACACCGUACAACAUAUUAGUCCUGCUCAAACCAUUAACAAGGGCCUGUAUCAUACAGAUACCUAAUGAACUCUGGUCUUUUUUCUACUAUUUGUGCUAUAUCAAUAGUACCAUUAAUCCUCUGUGCUAUGCACUGUGCAAUGCCAAUUUCAGAAGAACAUACUGGAGAAUUUUACAGUGCAAAUGGCGGAGAAAUGCCGCCAGGGCUUAUUGUCCGCCCUGAAGUAAUAACAAUUAAGUUACGUUUAAGUGUGAAUUCUUUUCUAAAAUGGGAUCCUUCACGUUUUUCAUUGAUUCAUCGAGAAUGAUGAGAGAUAGAGAACUGAGAGUGUUCGGCAUCGAUAGUGAGGUAAAUUGAUGAUUAAAUGAGCACCAAUAUCGCCCAUGGUCAUGUUAUCGAUUACUCUGCAUCAUUCAGAACGAUCCAUAAUAGAUUAAAGUAUUGCGAGAGAUCGCGAGUUGAGACUAGUCUCACUCCAUACCCGAAGACAAUCCUGGUGAAUCGCAUACCAUGAUCAUCAUUUCCAUCUCACGAAUCGUCAUAUAUCACGUAGAUAUUUAGGAAUCGACUAGUUAUGGAUCCACAUGGAUGUUCAGACGGCAUUUUUCAUCGGAAGUUUUCCGCUCUUUUCAAUGAACCCCUCAUACUUCUAUCUCUCUCUCUCUCUCUCCGUUCUCACAAUAAUCGAGAAAAACAAUAAAAAAGAGAUUCUUCCUCAGAGUAAUGAUAAAAAGGGACGGAAAAAUCCAUUUGAUGAACAUAUUCACAUAGCAAUACGUGUUCUACAGCCCCUUCCUCUUUUUGAAGGAUCUUACUCCACUUCAUCGUCGACUGGUAUCGACUCAAUAAUUUUCCAUUAAUUAAUUCAUCAAUUAAACAAAUAAUAUUUUCUGAAGAGCCAUUGUCCGGGACAAUAGGCUCCAGUGAUCAUCAAUUUUUUACUCUUUAAUGACAAGUUGAAAAAAAAAAAGUAUUAAAACAAAAUGUCUUCAGCCAAUCCCCUGCCCCCCGGACUAAACAACUUAAAUGUGCAACAAUUGUCGCAUUAAUUUAACGACUCAUUUUUUAAAACUAAAAUUAUGAAUAAAAGUCACUCAGUGAAAAUAAACGUCAAACCACUUCAUGAUAAUGCCCGUUCCCUGUUAUUACCAUAAAAUAAUAACACAAAGAGAAGAUAAUGGAUGGAUGAUCAUUAAAAUGUUAAAUUGACAAUUUUAAUGGGAGAAAUAAUGUUUUCAACAUAAAAAAAAAACAUAAGAACAAAGAGAUACUGCCAUGGACAUUUUCUGUUCUCGGAUCUGUAUUUUUAUUUUUUAAUUAGAAGGAUAUUUUUCUCGCUGCAUGUGAGAAAAAAACUUUUUGAGGAAUGGGCAUGGGGAUCGAGAGGGGGGGGAGGGGGAGGAAAGGGUGAAUGUGGUUUUACGGAGUUUGCAAAGCGCACGAAUCCCUCUGGGGAUGGAAUAAUAGUAAUGGGCUGGCGGGGCGAGGGAAAAAGUAAUUUAAUUAGGAAUUUUGUGGUUAUGGGAUGAAUUGUUGGGGUUUUAGAGGAGCUUCCGGGCAACUGUCCGGAAAAGUGAAAAUCUCGGAUGCGCAGUAUUCACGGAAUAAACAUACUAACCGUAUUAUUCGAACAUAAUAUUCGACUUUUUAUAAAUUCAUAAUUUUUUAAUCAAUUUUUUUCAUUUUUCGUUAUUAUAGAGAAACCACAAAAUUCAUAAUUAUAAUGUUAAAAAUGGAGUCAGUUCAUCAGAUCCAAAAAUAAUGAAAAACCAUUAACAUUAAUGGUCGCAACGACAAAAAUUUUACUGUAUAUUGACUAAAAAAACCCGUAGCGAAUGAUGUAAAACUGUAAAUGAAUGUUCUAAAUGUAAAACACGUGAUUUUUUGCAGAAGUAAGAAAUAAAAAAAAUAGAAGAUAAAUAAAUUGGAAUCUCGGGGGGAAGGGGUGGGGUGGUAUUUAAUAAGUUAAGAAAAUGAGCAUGAAACAUGGAGUAGACUCAGUGGAGUAGAAGAAGAAAUUAAAAAUAAAGAUGAAAAUUAAAUAAUUAAAGAAAAUUAACAAAUUUAAAGACAAAGUAAUUAAAAGUGUUUUUUGAAGGAUGUGAUUUUGUAGGAAUCGAAAAAAAACUACAAAAAAAAUCGAUUGCUUCCGUACUGAAUAACAUUCUAAUUAUACGUGCCAAACAAAGCUUUAAAGAUGAAAAAAAAACAAAUUAUGAAAAAAAUAUCGUCGUAAUAACGAAAAAAAAUCGAAAUGCAAUUGUUUAAGGAAAAAAUGCUUUAGGAAUUUCAAAACAGUUUGGGAGAACAUUAAAUGAGAAGGAGAAUUGGGACGAAGAAGUUUCUGCAACGACACAGACACAUUUUGAAGACAGACAACGACAGAUAGAAAGACAGACAGAAAUUUUGUCUGUUGUGUCUACGUCUAAUUCUGUAAAUUCAUAUUUAAGAACUUUAUCAGUCCUGACCAUCAUUUUCCAGGCCCGAAAGGUCAGACAGUCACCAUCUGGGCGCCGACACAGACCUCAACGUUAGCAGCUAGCCAUAAAAUCCGUUGUCUUGCACCCGUUUGCCUCUCCAAAUGAGCAAACGGAUGAUCAGAACUUGAAACUACAAGUUUCUGCUCCAACAUAGAGAUAGCCAAGGAUACGAUAAUGCCCAGAUACAUAUAGUAUGCAUUUCCCAUUAUGUCAGUGGCUGUGUCUGAAAAUUUGAUAUUGAGAGCCCUCGAUGAUGAGCAGGACAAUGCUGAGGUUUUAUUAACUUAAUUAACGGCGAAUAUAGGUCGAAAGGUUGUGCGAUUUAAUAAUUAAUUAAUUGAAUAAUUAUUUAUUAAUUAUUUGUCUUUUUUCACACGUGAAAAAAUGAACAAAUCAUUUACAGAAAAUGUUGGGAAUACGAAGAAAAUUAUUUUCACCCUUUGGAAAUCACGGGAUUUUUUUUUGUUGUUUUAUUGAGGAGAGGGGGUGGUUCUGCAAUUUUUGCAUGUCCCGAGCGGGGGAAAAACGCAAUCGUUGAAUAACUAGAGCAACUUUCACGAACAAGUUCAACAUAACAAGUCAUUUUACCCUCUCGAGAUGCCGGAAUAAUCACCAAAAAUGUUCACCCUCAAAAAUUCAACUUUCAACGUUCAGUAUCUCUCCGGAUAAUGGGAAAAUACGGGUUGUUAUGUUGAGUUUUCAGCAUUAAAUUUCCCUCCCUCUUUGUAACCAUGUCCCUUUUAUCCUGCGAUCUCCUCAAUUUUAAAAACCGCCCCAUGCAAAAAUGACAAACACAGAGAGAAUGACACACUGGCAUAAACACACAUUCACGCACAAACUAAAAGAAUAAAUUAAUUAAAAAAUGGAAAAUUAAAUAUAAUAUUGAGGAAAAAUAAAUAAAAGGCACGGAAAACUUUCAUUGAGUGCCCCCUGAUAGUUUCUACCUGUCUUGCGCUUAUCUUGACGUAUUCGCGUCAGAUACAGGAAAUAACACAAAACGUGACGUAACUUUUUUUAACCGUAGAGUAUAUAAAUAUAUACAUUAUAUAUAUACAUAUAUAUAUAUACAGACAUAUAUAUAUAUUGUAAAACACCGAAGCGUGUGUGUCAGUCUAUGUUUAUAUACGUGUUUUAUAUUAAUGAAAAAAAGAUGAUAAAAUUAAUGAAUUAUUAAAUAAUGGAAGUAGUAGUGAAGAAAAAUUUUGGAAUGUUGUAGGAUUGGGAAGGGAUUAUUGGAACAUUAUCGAGUGAGAUUUUAAGGGAGAAUAUAAUUGUUGUGCAAUUUUUUUCAGCAAUAAACAAUAUUGUGAGUAAUCUUCGUCAUAAAAAAAAUUCUACUUCAGGUUUUUGUUGAUAUCUCGGAAACGGGUGGGGUGGAGUGUUCAGUUUAAUUUUAAACAAUAAGAUAAACAUGUUCUUGCGAAAUCCGCUGGUUUUGAAUCCAUUUUACACCCAGGCUAAUUUUCAACUAAUUUUUAAAAGGGUUUGGAGAAUAUCGCCACCUGUUUGUGAGAAAAUCAGGCCUGAACAAUCGGAGAACAUUGUUUAUUGCUUAAAUUAAUGACUUGACGUUAAUUAAAGAUGAUUGGAGGUACACUCACGCACACUUACAUAAACACAUAUACAAUUGAAAUGAUGAAACAUAAAAAUUGAGAGGACGACGAUGUGAUGGCGGAGAACAUGUUUGAACUGUAAAGAAAAGUUGAGAAUUUCAAGAACUCAUUUUUUUACGAAUUCAUUAAUUAAUAUUCUCCAAUUAAAAACAAUUGAUUAUAGAGUUGAAGUUGUGGACAACCCCUAAUUUUCGUAGAUAAUAAUCUCACAUCGAAGUAUUUUAUUUUAUUUUUUAAAGAUUUUUUUAAGUUUCGUUAUUGUAAAAAGAUUCAAGAUUUUUAUUCAUUUCAAAUAAUUGUUACUUCAUCCAUUUGCACAAUCGAUACAGUGCCAAUUAAAUAAUUUACCGUGUCGACCGAAAACUCAAAGAGCCAAGAAUAAAUAAAUGAUUGAACGAACAAAAUGAGAUGUGAAAAUCAAUGAAAAAAAAUAUUGAAAAUUUCCCGUGAAAUAUGUGGAAACGAUGAGCUUCUGUGACUUGUAAAAAAUGUGUGACAAAUCACACCCAACGGAGGCGAGUCGAUUAUUCGUGUUAAUGAUUUUUAAAUUAAAAUGAAAAAUUCAUUAAAAAAAAGUUGUGAAGAUGAAAAACAAUGAGUCAGGACACUGGUUUUUUUACUCUAUUGUAAUUAACAGAUGACGAUAAUAAAAGCUAUUUGACGAGUCAAAUAAAAAUCCUGAAACAUUCA